AUGGAUCGGUCAAUCCUUCAAAUAGGUCGUCUUGACGUGAUACUAAACAAUGAGCAGCAACAAUCAAUGCGACAAUCGUUAUUAUUAUCAUCAUUAUUAUCAUUAUUAUCAUCAUUAUCACAAUUAUCGCUAUCAACAAUUAUUAGUAUCAAUAAGAAUAAAGACAAUAACAAAAUUGUUACUGUCUUAUUUCUUCUCAUCAUUCAAACAACAAUUGUUGAAUCUUUAGUUUGUUAUGAUGGCGCUGAUUGUCUAAAAGCGCAUACCUGCAACGAAUGCAAUGGCAUUGGUUGUAUACGUAUGAAAAGUUAUAACACAGAACAUAUUCACACAAUUGCCUUGACAUGUUUGCCAUAUGCAACAAGAGUAUAUCAGUUAGAACCAGCUGGUUGUCGCAUUUCAUUAUCUGGUGAUAGCGAACAUUGCAUAUGCUAUGAUAACGAUUACUGUAAUCGUGCAAGUGGUUUAUCAUUAUUUAAUUUUAAAUUAGUUCCUUCAUUUAUUCUUAUCAUUUAUGCCACAAUUUCGUUUACUCUUUUAUACUUGUUGUGA